GCGGCGGCGGGAGGUAAGGCACGAUCGGGUGGGCCGGGCUGCAGAGCGCCGGCGCGGGGCCGCAUCCCGGGGGGCCGGAUUCCGGGAGGCCCGGGCCCUCUGCGCAACCCCCAAACCUCCCUCCCUCGGCCGAGUCGCCCAGCGCCGUGGGAACGACCUCCCACUCGCCGAUGCUGGUCCGCAUCCUCGGAGCGGCCCGACACCCGCCCCACCUCGGCAUGUCCCCUCGACCAUGGGACGGUGUGCAUGCGACUGUGCAAGCUCGCUGCCCCCACGGACACCGGGACAGGGAGCCCAGUGGAGGCGCCCUCCCGAGGCUCAACUGCCCAUGCUGACUACCCAGCCCUCCGGCUGCCGAGGUCAUGAGUAACACUACAGUGCCCAAUGCCCCUCAGGCCAACAGUGACUCCAUGGUGGGCUACGUGCUGGGGCCUUUCUUCCUCAUCACCCUGGUCGGGGUGGUGGUGGCUGUGGUAAUGUAUGUCCAGAAGAAAAAGCGAGUGGACCGGCUUCGCCAUCACCUGCUCCCCAUGUACAGCUACGACCCUGCUGAGGAGCUACAUGAGGCUGAGCAGGAGCUACUGUCUGAUGUGGGGGACCCCAAGGUGGUCCAUGGCUGGCAGAGUGGCUACCAGCACAAGCGGAUGCCCUUACUGGAUGUCAAGACCUAACCAGACCCCUCCCAGCUCUCCAGAACCAUAGGAUCUGGGGCGUGCCCUGGGCCUGCAGUCUGCUGCCUCCCUCUCCGCUAGCACUCACCCAGCUCCCCCUGCUGGGAACUGUCUCCUCUUUCCACCCAUCCCCAGCAGCACCUCACUCCCCCACCCUCCACAGGGCCCUCAGCCCUGUGUGACAGGGUGCAGCCAACCACCCACCGUCUCAUGGGCACCACCUGGCUUUGAACGAGUUUCCACGGUGACAGGGCCUAAUGUAUAGUAUUCAGUAUAUAUAUUUUGUAAAUAAAAUGUUUUGUGGCUAGGGG